CAAAGAGGUUCAAGGCCAUGUCAGCAACUACUUCCUCACUCUUCAAGAGGUCACCAUGCAACCUUACGACGGACCAGCUCAAGUUUUGCUUGAGAGCCACUCCAAGAGAAUAGCUGUUCCAGACACCGGCACCCCUGACUGGAUGCUACCAGCGAGUGCAUUUAACAAAUUCGUCAAGCACGCCGGAGUGCAGCUAAUCGAAGCCUUCUCGGAUGAACAGCUCGCUCCAGAGCUCUUCUCCGGGGACCUUGUCAGGCCAUGCAGCGAUGUAGCAUACGGCAUGACCAACACCACUCGCUUCCAGCUCACCUUUACUGGCAACGGGACCAACAAUGCCACCUUGAGCCUGCAGCUCGCUGACCUUUUUACUCCAAUCUCAAAUGCAGACGGUAGUGCAGCGACCGAUUUUGUCGGCCGGCCGUUGUGUCUGCUGCGUGUGUUUGAAGGAGACGAAGACGAAGACGAAGAACUCGUCGUCAUAAGCAGUGGUAUCAUGAGAGCGGGCUACUGGGUCUUCGGCAUGGAUAACGGCCAGAUCUCCUUAACCCAAGCUAAUCUCAACACAACCUCUUCAAACGUGGUGUCAGUGGAAGCUGGACCAGAUGGCUUGAGUAAAGUGGAACCUAAUCAUGUUGCUGAAUUGCAGAAAGAUGCAGUUGAGGCCAUGGUUCAAGAUUCAGUGCGCCAUACUUUCUCGACGGCUACUAAUACUGUUGGGUACACGAUGGGUGCAGAAUCUGUUCCUACUCCACGGGCCGGUAAGAAGGACUCUGACAGUCAUGAAUCUCGUUCCGAGAAGACGAAGGGGAAGAGGAAGGAGCAACUUCGAAGCCGACCUUCGUACAGAAAGUAGCCAACAACCGAUCAUCUCUAUCGGGAAGUUCAACAUGUCAGCUCUUCCAAGGGUCAUACCUGCUUACUCAGGAAGCUGCUCAAAAGUACAUCACUACAAAGCGUCACUCAAUAAUCACUGUUAUGCCAAGCCACUCGCAGCUUCCCUCCAAAAAACGCCAUUGGUGGAAACAUUCUCUCUCGUUUCCAUUUUCUCUGGACUAAAAACCACUUGAUUUUCUUGGAGCAAUUGGGGCAGGGGAUAAUGGUGCUGUUGACGGGGAACUUCUUCUCUGGUGCACAGCAAACAAGGCAGGCAGGUAUGUAGAGAUGUUCUUUCCCAAAACCCCUUCUUCUCUUCUCGCGGAUUAGGUAGAAAAAAAAAACAUACAAUACGUUCCUUCUGUUGCUUGUUUCUGUCGUUCUGUCUUGGUGUAGUGCUGGUGGUUGAGUGGAUGUGAAACGAAUGUAUGAGAAAGAAACGCUGCAGGGGCAUCUUCGCGCUUGUU